AUGAUCCUGAAUAAGCUGGAACGGCUGGACGCCAAGAUUGAUCAGAUCACUGUCCCAUCGGCAAGCCAGCCACCUGCUCCCAUACCAGGUCGGGAACCGGAUUCGUCCCAGCAAUUAGCAGACCCCAAAGUGAAGCCCAUCUCUUUCAGUGCGCACCUGAUGAUCGAAUGGCCUGCAGUCCGGGAGCUGUUGCCUCAAUCAGUGGUUGUCCCAAAUGGAAAUUAUGCACUGCAACUGGAGGAAGAGCGUCCGAACCUUCCGAUUUCACAGCAACGUUCAUAUCCUGAGGGGUUUCUGGCCGAUCUUAGCGUCUCCACUGUCAGAGAGCUUUCGGAUGCCUACUUUGCCACCUUCAACUUGAUGACCCCCGUCCUCGACCGAAAGCUCUAUUUCCACCGAACACUCGGGGCCGCCAUCAAUGGAGGUUUUGGCUACGACGCGGAUAGCUGCGUGGUGUUGAUGACAAUGGCUCUUGGUUGCUGGGGUUCUCAGACUCUCUCGGAGAGUCACCGCACAAGCCCCCUGUAUCAUCCAUCUCCCCUGUCCGACCGCAGCCACCAUACACCUUCCGAGCAAAGCACGCGAGACUUGCCUGGCCUGGCCUUCUACAAUGAGGCAAGGAAGAGGAUCGGAUUUCUGGAGUGCGAGCACAGCAUGCAAAUCUGCCAGUUCUACCUGCUUGCCGCAACGUAUCUUGGACAGCUUCUUCGACCUGUUGAUUGCUGGUCAAUGACGAUGCGUGCUGGAACUUGCUGCCUCAAAUUCUGGGAAACAUCAAACGAAGGAGAUGAAUGGACAAAAGAUAUGUUUUCUCGGUUGUUCUGGAUCACCGUGAUGUUUGAGACGGUCUUCACUCAGGAGCUUACGGAUCUGCCUGCUUCCAAGAUCCGUGAUAUGGAGGACCGAGUUCCACUGCCGAAGUUUGUGCAGUUCAAGCAUUCCUUCACCACGACAGAUGCAGACGAUGACGAGUCCUUCUAUCACUACCAUUUCCUUUCGCAAAUCGCCCACCGCAUCUUCUUGACCCGAGUGUACAGCAGCAGCUACUACUGCACACCAACGGGCGACUAUCCCAACAUGAGUCUCACGAGAGAACUGUACCACCAGUUAGACCAGUGGCGCUCUCAACUCCCACCAGCACUCCGAUUUGACGAUGACAGCCCAGACCCAGAUCCAGAAGUGCUCACGAAUGUUCUGGUGGUAUCGUGGCUACGAGCUCGUUAUUCUGUGGCACGAUACCACCUUGGCCGCCCUUUUCUUUACAAGGCCCUCCAUCAUCCAUACGCCUUGACUGAGCACGAUCGUCAUCGGUGUAAGCAAACUCUGGAGAGUAUUCUCCGAUGGGCCGCGAUUAUGAGGAAUAUCAGCAACGUGAAGAGCUGCAUCCCGCUUGCGUUCUUGAUGUGUGGCCAGUAA